AUGGCUCCCGAUCGUGAUUCCGAUGGCCGUCGCAAACGGCCUGCUCGCCUAGAGGAGGCUAUUACCAACCCCGGUGCUGUCAAAAUCAAUGUCAAGGGCGCCUUUAUCGUCGACGAUGAGCUCCGCUCCCGUAGCCCCGUUGAAGCCGAGGGCGUGCACUAUGAGAACAAGGACAUCCGGCUACCGCACCAUACCGGAGUCGUUAGCCAUGUCGCCGUUGAUAUUGGCGGAUCCCUAAUUAAAAUGGUCUAUUUCACCCGUGAACUCGACGCGGCGGAUAAUGGCGGCCGCCUUAAUUUUAUCAACUUUGAGACGCACCGGAUUGACAUUUGCAUCAAUUUUAUUCGCCAAUUGAAGGAGGAACAUGCGAAGAAUAACGGGUCAACCAAAGAUGGCCUAUGUGUCGUUGCUACCGGCGGGGGGGGCGUUCAACUUAAGGAGGCGCUGGACGUCAAUAUUCUGCGAGAGGAGGAGAUGGAGUGUUUGAUCAUCGGCCUCGAUUUCUUUAUUACCGAGAUCCCGAACGAAGUAUUCACUUACAAUGACACCGACACAGAGCCCAUGCAAUUUGCCGAGGCUCGACCGAACGUGUACCCCUAUCUCCUCGUCAACAUCGGAUCCGGCGUCUCAAUGAUCAAGGUCUCCGGUCCGAAUAAAUUCCAGCGCGUGGGCGGCACACAUCUCGGUGGUGGUACUUUCUGGGGCAUCAUGUCUCUUCUUACCGGGGCCAGGACCUUUGACGACAUGCUGGCCAUGGCGGAUCGCGGGGAUAACAGUGGAGUCGAUAUGCUGGUUGGCGAUAUCUACGGCAUGGACUACAGCAAAAUCGGGCUUAAGAGCACCGCCAUCGCCAGCACCUUUGGGAAGGUCUUUCGGUUGAAGAACGCCGCCGAGCAAGGCGCCGAGGAUGGCGAGGGCCUGUACCACGACGACUCGGAACACGCGAACGGCAAUGGGGGAGUCAAUUUCCAGCACGAGGAUAUGAGCCGAAGCCUCCUCUAUGCUAUAAGUAACAACAUUGGCCAAAUCGCCUACCUCCAAUCAGAAAAGCACGAAGUCAAACACAUUUACUUCGGCGGCUCCUUCAUCCGCGGCCACCGCCAGACAAUGAACACCCUCUCCUACGCCAUCCGCUUCUGGUCUAAGGGCGAGAAGCAAGCAUAUUUCCUACGCCAUGAGGGCUACCUCGGUGCCGUGGGCGCUUUCAUCCGCCGCCAGCCGCAGAACUGGGGUCGGAGAAACAGUCUCGAUGAGGUGGUGGCACCGCAGGCGGUCCGGAACCUUGCCCAAAAUUCCGUUUUGAAUCAGAAUGAGCAGAACGGCGCAUCCAGUUCUUCGUAA